AUGUGGUAUGAUUUUUCGUGCAGUCAACUAUGUAAUUCAGAAGUGACAUUCAAUGAAGACGGGAAGACAACAAGCGAUAUUUGCUCGAACAGGAGGAAUAGAUGUGAAGCAGUUACAUUCAUGAGCGAAAUAACCGUGCAGUCACAUCAGUUUUUUCACUGCGGUGAAUAG